AUGUCCGCCUCUUCAUACCACAGCCAUUGUGGAACUUGGCAGGAGCGCCUAGAGGAUGCCUGUCGCGAGGCGCAAAUCAUGCCGCCUGUCUUCCAGAUCGUUUCCGACCGCCGAGGCGGCCGUACAGCUUGGUCCAGCCGAGUCACCAUCCAAGGGCGGACUCUGGCAGCAAGGUUCUGGUACGAUGGCAAGAACCUCAACAACGCGAAGGAAGACGCCGCCGAGCUGGCACUCAACUACCUUGCGGGCUCCAACCCUAGCUCCCCAGCAAACAGCAGGGGGAGCUGGUAA